AUGUCAGAACGAUUAAAAGCAAUGAAAACGCAAGAAGAAUCUAUUGAAAAUCCUAGUAAAGUAGAAUUUAAAUCAAACAAUACUCAUUUAUCUAAUACAUCAGUAACCGCAAGUCCUAAAAAGGGAAAAAAGAGAAAUUCAGAAAUUGUUACUAUAGACUCAGAAAAAAAUUCCAAAGAGAAAACAAAUAAUGAAGAAGCGACACCUGAAAACAAUCUUGAAAAUAUAGAAACCAAUAAAGAAAAUAUAGAAACUGAUCAAUCAUCUGAAAUUUCAGUAGCAGUAAGUCCUAAAAAGGAAAAAAAGAGAAAUUCAGAAAUUGUUGGAAAUAAUCAAGAAGAGACACCAGAAAACAGUCUUGAAAAUAUAGAAACCCAUAAAGAAGAUAUGGAAACUGAUCAAUCAUCUGAAAUUUCAGUAGUCGUAAGUCCUAAAAAGGGAAAAAAGAGAAAUUCAAAAAUUGUUAGAAAUAAUCAAGAAGAGACACCAGAAAACAAUCUUGAAAAUAUAGAAACCCAUAAAGAAGAUAUAGAAACUGAUCAAUCAUCUAAAAUUUCAGUAGCCGUAAGUCCUAAAAAGGGAAAAAAGAGAAAUUCAGAAAUUGUUACUCUAGAUCCAGCAAAAAUUUCCGAAGAGAAAACAAACAAUCAAGAAGAGACGUCAGAAAACAAUCUUGGAAAUAUAGAAACCGAUAAAUUAUCAGAAAUUUCAGCAGACGUAAGUCCCAAAAAGGGAAAAUCGGAAAUUGUUCCUGUAGACAAAGCAAAAAUGUCCGAAGAUAAAACAAAGAAUCAAGAGAAUACACUUAAAAAUGAUCUUGAAAGUGUAGUAACCGAUCAAUCAUUCGGAAUUUCACCAGUCUUAAGUCCUAAAAAAGGAAAAAAGAGAAAAUCAGAAAUUGUUAGUAUAGACCCUGUAAAAACGUCUGAGGAUACAAAAAAUAAUCAAGAACAUGUAUCCGAAAACAAUUUUGAAAAUACAGAAACCGAUAAAUCAUCUGAAAUAUUAGCAGCCCAUACACCCAAAAACAAUAUUGAAAAUGAAAAAACGAAUAAAUCGUCCGAAAUUUCAGUAGCCGUAAGUCCUAAAAAAGGAAAAAAGAGAAAAUCAGAAAUUGUUACUGUAGACCCAGUCAAAAUUUCUGAAGAGGCAACAAAUGAUCAAGAAUAUGCACCCGAAAACAAUUUUGAAAAUAUAGAAAUUGAUAAAUCAUCCGAAAUAUUAGCAGCAGUAAGUCCUAAAAAAGGAAAAAAGAAAAAAUCUGGUACUUUUGCUGUGGAAACAACAGAAGCGAAAGAAAAUAUUAGCUCAAGUCCAGCAGUCAUAUCUAAAACAAAUAAGGAAAACAAUGUUAAAACUAAUAAGCGCUUUUCACUUGACGAUUGGGUUGUGUCAACAACUGUGAAUGACUCCUCUCAAUCAGAAGAUAUAGAAACAAAGCCUAAAGACUUAAAAAACAAAAAGAAGCAGCACGUUAGCAAUUCAGAUGAAUCUCCAAUAGAUCAGAAACGACAUAAAGAACCUGUUAAAGCUGCAAAAAAGAACGACUCAGGAAAGAAACUAAAUUCUUCGAAAUUUUUAGAACAGUAUGAAGAUCCUAGAUUGGACGCUGAACUGGAAAAAUUUCUUCAAGCUGAAGAUUCCGACCCUUCUGAUGAAGAUUCCGACUCUUCUGUUGAAGAUUAUGAGAAGGAUAUCGGCAUUAGUUUUAUUGAUGAUAUGGCUGAAGAAGGAGAAGAAGACACUCCUUCAGAAGAUAGUAAUGCUAUUAUAGAUGAAGGAGAACCGAUCAAUACUGAUUCCGAAAGAUCAGAAGAUGAGGACUAUGAUGAUGACUCUUCUUUUAUUUGCGAUGAAGGUAAUACGGAAUUACUACCAGGUGAUGAGUAUGAUUUGGAGAAUGAACAGAACCAGAAACAUUCACGAAUUAUAAACGUAGAUGACAGGGAUGAAGAUGUUAUAAAAAUUAAAAGGAAAAUCAAACCUGAGGCGAAAAAGAGAAAAUCCAGAAUUAUUAAAGUGGAUGAUUCAUCAGAGAGUGAAGAAGUUGUUGAUUUAGUAUCUGAUCAGGAAGGAUCUGUUAAUCCAAAUAGUGAAGAGUCAGAUCAAGCAUCGCCGAAGGCAGAAACCACUCAAGAAAACGGUAAACCGAAAACUUCUAUCCGAAUAAUAGAAAAUAUAGAUGUCAAAGAAAUUAAGGACACAUCAUUAAGCGAACGAAUUAACCAUCUUGUAGGCACGUUCUGUACAACAAUUCCUCAAACAGGUGAUUUAUCUAUGAACCUUUCACUAGAAUAUGCAAGUAAAGCCUCUCCAGAAGGAAAGAAGAGAAGGUCAAAGAAAAGAAAGUCAAAAGAUUUUCAAAGAAGGAGUAUUUCUGAAGAGGAAACUGUACCUACAAAGACACCAAAAUUGGUCGAAGAAGUUUUUCUUCCAGAAUCAGUUAAAAAUGUUCCAACAAGACCAAGACUUAGUCUUAGUAUGACUGAAGAUGCUCCUUCAAUGUCAGAAAAAUCACUUAAAAGGCGUUUAAGUAAAAGCAUGGAUGAUGUUGAGAAAGAGGUUAAGAAACACAAAAAGAAGAAAUCUAAAAAGUCAAGACAAAAAGCAGAAUCGCAUAAAAAAUCAUCACUGAAUACUGGUAGAGAUAUAGACCUAGAUGGAUUAUCGUUUGGAUUACUGCAUCAACUUCUUACAGAUGUUAAGAACAGACCUAGGAGGAUGAUAAAACCGUCUACUUCAAGAAGAGAUAAUUUAGAUAAUGCGUGGAUCGUAGAGCUCGGUGUUGAUGCAAAACCAUCGACAAGCGAGGUAUCAAAGAAAGAAACAGACGAAUUCAAGAAACAAAAAAUUCAUCCAAAAGAUUUUAGAAAUCAAAUGUUAUAUAAUUCUUCAAGGGUUAAACGAAUAGAAACUAAACAGUUGUUGAAGAAAAGGGUAUAUUUUUAG